AGUUUAUUCUAUUUGAUGUAUUUGAUUCAGAAGUAUUAGCUGAUAAUAAAAUAGAAGUACUAGUUGCUAAUAAAGCAGAAGCUGAAGCCAAAGAGUCUGGUGAUUCUACUCUUUCAAAUGUAUAUGAUGAACGUCCAGAUACUUUGGAUUUUCCUAAAGGAAAAAAAAAUAAGGAAAACAAUCUCGGUAAAGAACUUGUUAAUAAUAACAAGACUGGUGAAAAUAUUGAAACCCCUAAUAAAGAGAAAUCAAUAAAGAUAGACAAAACUAGUCGAAAGCAUAAUAUCAAUCAAGAUAGUGUAAGAAGCGAAAAUGAUAAAUCGAAACCAAAAGUAUAUAUAGGGCCCAAACAUCUUGGAAAAGCUAAAAAUGAUCAGAAAAUCAAGACCUCAAUUAGAUGA